AUGGAUUCAGACAACGCCAGAGUAGGUGAGCAAAUCAGGACUGCUUGUUUCUGGUACCAGGUAGCAAGUGCUCAAGCUGAGCAUGACGCGCGAGGCGGCAUGGGACACCGACUCGUGAACAUGCUGACGGCAAGACUCAUUCCCACCUCCGAUUCCUAUUGGACAGAUUUC